AAGAACCAAUCACGGCAACGUUUGCUCGGUGAAGGCUGAGUCAACAUGGCGGCUCUCUGAGUUUAGUAGGAAGAGGCUAUGUGUAAAUAAACAACCCUGGAGGCAAUAGGCAUCAUCUCUAAACAUUUGUCAUUUCGUGAUUCAUGAAAUACUGUACAGCAGACAGAAAAUGUCAAACGACGGCAACAAAAAGCAGUUCUGGAAAAGAAACACUGCUAAGGUCCCUGGAAGCAUACAACAUGUGUAUGGAGCUCAGCACCCACCUUUUGACCCCCUCCUCCAUGCCAAUCUAAUGAAGGCUGGAAACAAGGCGCAGUCCCUGACGCCGGGGAAACCAAAGAAAGCCACCACCUUCCAGGAGUUCGAGAGCAUCACCAGCGACGCCUGGGACGUCGGGGACGACGAUGACGAGCUGCUCGCCACCGCCGCCCAGAACCUCAACAUCGAGGUCGUCAUGGAGACGGCCAACAAGGUGAUCGAGAACCACAGCAAGCUACAGGAGCAGCAGCAGAAGCAGCCGGAGGCCGGGCCCGAGAAGGACGAGGAAGAGGAGGAGCAGCAGGACGAAGAGGAAGCGGAGGAGCCCGUCCCGGAGCUGACGUUCGGCUCGGAGCCCCGCCCCCACUUCGCCGAGAGCCGGAUGGUGAAGUCGCUGAGCGAGGCACACCUCGAGUCAUCGAAAGAUGGGGCGGCGGAGAGGGUGGCCCUGCAGCGGCAGCAGUCCCUCCCCCAUCGGCCCGUCAUCCCGCUGGUGGCCCGCAUGGCGGACCAGAACACGUCCGGGGCGCUCGUCAUGACCGAGAGGGAGGCGUCCCGUCUGGACAAGUUCCGGCAGGUCCUGGCCGGGCCCAACACUGACCUCGAUGAGCUCCGGAAACUCAGCUGGUCCGGAAUCCCGCGACAAGUCCGUCCGAUCACGUGGAAGCUCCUGUCCGGCUACCUCCCGGCGAACACGGAGAGGAGGGAGAGCACGCUCCAGCGGAAACGCCAGGAGUACUUCGGCUUCAUCCAGCAGUAUUACGACUCCCGGAACGACGAGCACCACCAGGACACCUACAGACAGAUUCACAUUGACAUUCCGAGAACUAAUCCUCUUAUUCCUCUCUUUCAACAAGCUUCUGUGCAAGAGAUCUUUGAGCGAAUCCUUUUCAUCUGGGCCAUCCGCCACCCCGCCAGUGGGUACGUGCAGGGCAUCAACGACCUCGUCACUCCCUUCUUUGUCGUUUACGUCUUCGAGUACAUCGAGGAAGAGGUGGAAAAUUUCGAUGUUUCCAGCUUGCAGGAGGAAGCUCUGCGGAACAUUGAGGCUGACAGCUUCUGGUGCAUGAGCAAGCUGCUGGACGGCAUUCAGGACAACUACACCUUCGCCCAGCCGGGGAUCCAGAGGAAGGUGCGCGCUCUGGAGGAGCUGGUUAGCCGGAUCGACGAGUCCGUGCACCGUCACAUGCAGCAGUAUGAGGUGGAGUACCUGCAGUUCGCCUUUCGCUGGAUGAACAACCUUCUGAUGAGGGAGCUGCCACUGCGCUGUACCAUCCGGCUGUGGGACACUUACCAGGCCGAGCCGGAGGGGUUCUCCCAUUUUCACCUGUACGUGUGCGCCGCCUUCCUGGUGCGCUGGAGGAAGGAGAUUCUGGAAGAGAAGGACUUCCAGGGACUCAUGAUCCUGUUGCAGAACCUACCCACCAUGCACUGGGGCAACGAGGAAGUCAGCGUCCUCCUGGCAGAGGCCUACAGGUUGAAGUUUGCCUUCGCCGACGCGCCCAAUCACUACAAGAGAUGAGAACCGCUCACGGCCUGCGGAAGCACUAAACUCAAAGCCCCCUCCUCCUGCCGCCCCCCCCCCCCUCCCCAUUCCCAGCUCCACGGCUCCAGUGAGAUAGGUUUGCUUUUUUCUAUUCCGUGUACAGUUGUUAGAAACUGGCUCCUCAGCCUCGCUCUGAUAUUAUAAAUGCUCACAGUGGCUGCUGCCAGCCACAAAAGAGGAAGCGGAGGCGGAGGCAGAGAAAUUACCGUCAAGCUCAUAAUGGUCCUGAGCCGUUUUUUUGGAAUGAAUUAGCAUGCCAAAUUAGUGCGCCUAUUUCUUCUUUUUUUUUUUUUUUUUGCUUAAUUAUGUCUAAUACCGUAGCAUUACCUUCAUGCGCUUCACAUGAAAUAAUCUUCAUCGUAACAAAGAAAUCCGGGUUACUUUAAAUAGACUUGACGAUAACGAAAGAGAUUUUAUAGUAAAGAUGAGGCAUUUUUGUAAUGGGGUAAACGUGCGUAAUGUGAGCACCCACAGUUACAGCGGCACUUUAAAGCGAUGAUCUGUUUCGUUCGGCACGCCUGUUAAUCAUGCGAUACAGCCCAGAACUGAUUCAGGAUGAUUAUUACAGGUAAGGGCUCUGCCUCCCAGCGCUCCAGCUCUCUGGCUUCCUCCUUUUACACACUCCGUUGACACCUGUGGCCCGUCUGACGUAAUCAAGCCUGAGCCGACUUU